UUAUUAUAAAGAAUUCUUUUGGUGGGAUUUAGCACACAUACAAUAUCUAUUAUUUUUAUAGAUUUAACAUAUAUAGAUUAUAUUAUAUUUAAAUUAUAUGAAGUGCAAAUAAAAACAAAAUGAACAAUACUCUACUUCCCGAUAAUCUAGAAAUAAAUUACAGAAACAAUCAUUAUAAAAAUGCUCAAGAUGUAUUAAAUAGUAUUAUUUGGUGUUCUAUUUGUAAUUCAGACUUAAAACAGAAUAUCAUCAUGAAUAAAAAAAUUAUGCUUCAUAAAAAAUUUUUAUGUCUUUGUUGUAAAAAUUGUUUUGAAAAAUUAUCAGAUUCAAAAAAUGGAUGUAUAUUAUGCUCACUCAAAACCAAACUUAAGACGUGUAAAAUAUGUAAUAGCUACAUGUGUAAGAGAUGUAUGGAUAGUUACUACAUAAAGCCAAAACGUUCAAAAAAUUUAAAACAUUGUUUAGGCUGUUCAUCAAGUGUUUUAUGGAGUCUUCGAUCUCAAGCAGCUGCAGUUUUGAAAUGUUUUUCACUGGAACUAGGUACUAGGCUUUUGUUAAAUGGCGAAGAGUCUGAAAACAAACAAAAUUUACGUGAAUUCAUAAUAAAAUCGGCAACAUGUAAUGAAAAUUUUACUCAAGAAGAUAUUUAUCAAAUUAGAGUCUUCAAUUUAAAUAGUUUAUUAAAUUCAAAAAUUGGAUCAUUGUUAAAUGGAUAUGAAAAAUUACAAACAAAAAAUAUUGAACAAUGUCUUAUUAACUUUGGUGAAUUAUGUGAAAAAAUAUUAGUUAACACUUGUUCACUUUUAUCAGAUUCCCAAUGUUUGUACAAUGAUAAAAUGAUUGAAUCAUUAAAUAACAAAAUUAAAUCAAUUUUGAUUAAUGGUAUGUUAUUUAAAACAACUGAAAAUGAUUCAAACAAAUACUCUAAAGAUCCCCAUAGAAUAAAUAAUUUAACAGAACUUACAAAAAACAGAUUACAACAAAAAUGCAGUGUUUUAUUGGAAAAAAUGGACAAAAAUAUUGAAGACCAAUAUUUUUUAAAGAAGGAAUAUAAUAUUAGUAAACAUACUAAUAAUAAAGAUUCAUUUAAUUCCAAAAAUAAAUUAGUGGAAACACAAACUAAUCAACAGGAAAAAAAUUUAAAUCUCACAUUUCCUAUAAAGUCAAAUGAUGUAUCUCAAAUUUCACUAAAAGAAUGUAGAGUACAAUUAAUAAGGUUUGAUGAAGAAACUCUAAUUCACUAUGCUGGUCACAAAUAUAAAAAUAUGAUAAAUAGUAAAGCAGUUAACCAUGAAUGUAACAUACAAGAUACUAGUAAAACAACCAAUUUGCAUAAUAAUAGAAUUUGUCAGAGUCCUAUACUUAAAUUAAAAAGUUUUGAUGCAGACAUUAAUAAUUGUGUUAAAAAAGAGUCUAAUAAUAAGUUGGACAGUAAGGCAAUCGAUAACAACAUUGAAAUUAAUCCAAAAAUAAAUGCUAUGGACAAAGUUCACGAAAAUGUUAAGCCCAAAGAAUGUACUGUAUUAGAAGUAGAAACAUUAGAUAUGGAUGUUACAGAAAAUGUUAAUCAUAAUAAACAGACAAUCAAAGAAGAAACUGAAACCAAAACAAAAAUAAAAAUCAUCAAAAAAAAAUGUCUCAAAAAUCUCCAUUCUUCAAAACAUAAAAAAAUGAAAAGAAAAAAAUUCAAAAAUACUUCAAACUAGUAUUUAUAAUUAAAAAAAUUAAAACAAUAUUGGCCUUUGCACUAUGCAUGGUACCUAAUCAUUUUUGGCUCACUUAUCAAAAUGUUAUAAUUAAAAUUUCAAGAAAAUUUCAUGUGCCAAUAAUAUGCUAAUACCUAUUAAAAGAAAAUAGGGUGAUCAAAAAUUAAAAAAAAAUUCCAAACUUAAUGGAGUUAUAUUUUAUAUCUAUUAUAUAGGACAAUUGAACUUCCUUACCCCCUACAUGUUUUUUAUUUAAUUUUUGUUCAGUGUUCUUAUCUAUCACUGAAUAUUAUGUUAAUAUUAGAUUUGGAUUUUGUUGGUUUUAAUGAAAAAGAAGCAUAAAUUUGUCCAUUAAUGUAUUCCUUUGUUUUGAUUUUAUCACAUUUGACAUAUAAAAUAGACUCUCAUUGAGUGUAUGUGAAAGAGCCUCUUUUUACAAAAACCCUAUUGUUUACUAAAACAAUUACAAAUAAUAAAUAUUAAAAAUAAAAAAAUGUUUUUAAAAGUUUUGAACCUUAGUAAGGCUGUAACUAAAAAAACUCGGGGGGGUCCACACCCUUGGACCCUCCCACCAGUUACAGCUUUGAAUCUAAGUUUGAAUUGGUUAUAACAUUGAUUAUAAAUACUAGCAUUUUUAAUCAAUGAUUAUAGGUACUAACUAUAAAUAAAAGAGUUAUUUGUAGUUGUAGUCUUAUUCUAGGGUAGGACUGGACUGGCCAUAAUAUGCAAGUGUUCUGUAAUGUACUGAGCUGGAUCAAUGUUUUAGCUUGGGGAGGGGAAGUUGUUGAAUAUUUAACUAUAUUACUUAUUGAUUAUUAUAGUUAUUACUAUUGGUAUAUCAUUGUAAAAUACUGGGCUGAAAACUUCCCUGUCCACUGUUCAGUAUGUUAUUAAAUAUAUGUUUUAGUGAAAUUAAUUAUAUUUUGAUUUAUAUAUCUUAUAUUAUAAAAGUGCCAAUUAUUAUUAAAUUAAAUUAAGUUAUGCAUAUACCUCACGCAGGGGUGCACCCAGGAUAUAUUUUUAUAUUUUUGGGAGGAGGGGCUAAAUUCAAAUCAUUUUUAAAUAUUAAUAGUAUUUAUAAUAAUAUAAACAGGUAUCUCCCGGGGCCCGGAAAUGACAGGUAUAAAUAUAUAAUAUUAUGUUAUACCUAAUGUUUCAAUUUUGUUAGUUGAUAAUUUUUUAUAUAAUAAUUUAAAAUCAAUAUACCAAAUCAAAUUACCAAAAUUUUUGGGGCUAGCCAUUUUGGAGGAGGGGGCUAAAGCCCGUUAGCCCCCCUCUUGGGUGCACCCUUGACCCACAAAGUCACGACCUGCCUAUUAAUUUUUCUAUAAUAUUAUGAAUUUAUGACUAGAAUCUAACUCCUUAGCAUUCAAAAUAUUCAAAUGUAUUUAUGUAUAUAUUAUAUUUUGGUCAUUACAUCUUGGGUUAAUGGUUAAUGUAUAUUUUAUUGUUGAUUAUUUAUUUAUUUUUAUGGAAAAAAUGUAAAUGAUUAAAAUUAUUGAAAUUAUUUAAAAUUAUGAUGUA